UAAAUUAUAGCGAAGACGUCGAUACUCGUUCAUAAUUUUGUUUAAAAAAUUUAUACUAAACCCCAAGGCUGCAACGUUCACGAGCGUUAUAAGAGCGAUAGAUUCUUAGUGGAAAUAAGAGUACGUGAUUGAUCGGUCCAGGAGGAAGUGAGGGUGAACGAAAUGGAGACGAUGCAUCCGGUCUUCUACGUUCUUCUCGCGCUCAUCCUGAUCCUCUGCGUGAUCCAUUAUUACAUAGAAAAUUCAAGAAUAGUCCGGAUGGGUCAGAAGAUUCCAGGUCCUGCGACAGUUCCAUUUUUUGGAAAUGCUCUACUCAGUCUGCGUGUUAAUCCAAGAGACAUCCUUUAUAAGGCCCUUGAGUACGAUGUCUACGGUAACGUAGCCAGGGCCUUCUUGGGCCCGAAGCUAGUAGUCUUUCUUACGGACCCGAGGGACGUGGAAAUUAUUCUCAGCAGUCAUGUGCACAUUGACAAAUCACCGGAAUACAGAUUUUUUGAACCUUGGCUCGGCGAGGGUCUCCUCAUUAGUACAGGUGACAAGUGGCGUUCACACAGGAAGAUCAUAGCGCCCACCUUUCACCUUAAUAUAUUGAAGAGUUUCGUACCACUGUUUUACGAAAACAGUCGUCAGUUGGUGAGAAAGUUGCACAAGGAAGUCGGAAAGGAAUUCGAUUGUCAUAAAUAUUUGGCGGCUGUGACUGUUGACAUUCUAUUGGAAACGGCUAUGGGACUGAAAAGUAACGACAGCGAGCUUAAGGCCUCUGGAAGUGAUUAUGCCGAUGCUGUUAUGAAAAUGUGCGAUAUCAUUCACCGUAGACAAUACGACCUUACGCUGCGCAUUGACGCCUUAUUCAAGUUCACGAACUUCGCGAAGCAACAGAAGAAAUUGCUGAAUAUCAUUCACGGCUUGACCAGUCGAGUCAUUGAUAAGAGGAAAGAGGAAUACUUGGAAGGUAACGAAACUACUGAAGUGGAGGACGAGAAGCGGGUUCAAGAAAAGGUAGUUGAUAAGGAUGUGACAAAUGAAAAGGGUGAAAAGCAUAGGAAGGCCCAGAGUAUGCCAUAUAUCAGGGAUGAUCUUGAUGAGAUUGAUGAAAGUGAAGACAAUGACGUAGGCGAAAAGAAGCGAUUGGCCUUUUUGGAAUUGUUGCUGGAACUGAAGCGCAACGGUGCAAAGCUUACUGAUCAGGAGAUCAAGGAGGAAGUUGAUACUAUUAUGUUUGAGGGACACGAUACAACUGCAGCUGGAUCUAGUUUUGUUUUAUGUAUUCUGGGAAUCUAUCAGGAUAUUCAGGAAAAAGUUUUUCAGGAAAUAAACGAGAUUUUCAAAGAUACCGACAGGCAAUGUACUUAUCAAGAUACUUUGGAGAUGAAGUAUCUCGAGAGAGUGAUAAUGGAGACCUUGAGACUCUUUCCUCCAGUUCCAGCAAUAGCUCGUGAACUGAAUGAAGAUGUCAAACUAGUAUCAGCUGAUUACGUCUUACCUAAAGGAUGCACCGUUGUCAUUCCUCAAUACAAGAUACAUCGAUCCAAGGAUUACUAUAAUAAUCCAGAGACCUUUGACCCUGAUAAUUUUUUACCAGAAAAAAUACAACAGAGACAUUACUAUGCGUAUAUACCAUUCAGUGCCGGGCCCAGGUCCUGCGUCGGCAGAAAGUAUGCGAUGCUUAAGCUCAAAGUUGUUCUUUCCACCGUUUUACGCGAAUACAAAAUUUUGUCAGACAUCACCGAGAAAGACUUCCGGCUGCAAGUCGAUAUCAUUCUGAAACGAGCCGAUGGCUUUAGGAUAAAAAUCGAGCGUAGAACGGCACACAGGAAUAAUGAUGAACCAAUUUCUGUGUAUUGAUUUAUUAUACGCCACAGCUCUUAUCACAUAUUUUAGGGUAAUCUAUCAUAUGAUCGUUCGUUUAUUUGUUCAUUCGUUGAAACACGUUGUCGUCACACAAGUCGCGCAAUAAUAAAUAAAAUUAAAA